AUGUCCAAGCCGACAGCCGCCCCAGCACAAUUAACUCCUCAAUUCUGCUUCAACACCCGGGUUGUGCGGGACUUCCUACGCCUGUCGCGGGCCAGCAUUGACGACAGCAUCUCCACCAACCUCAAUGCCCUGCUGACGCCCUCAACGACAUCCCCAUUCGACCCUGCCUCGACUGCCAUUCGAAACCCCUCCCUCCCGUCGUCAUUAACUCGCGCCCCCAUCCCACACGACACCUCCAAGGCGUUCUUAUCUUCUGUCCUCUUCCCUUCAUGGCAGUCGCGGAGCUCCGUCAUAGCUUAUUGCACAGCUGUUGCUACGAGUCCGGACCCUGAUGAUCCCGAUUUGAUCGAACGUGAAGCCCAGAACAAGAAGGACGCUGAUCGCAUCGUGGACGAACGGCUAGACCCAUAUUCUGGACGAUUCUUCCCUCGAGAGGCCAGGACGGAGCAGCUGGCGGCGUUGCUAAGAAACGAAAACACCGUGGAAACCAUCGUGAGAGGCCGCACAUGGGGUAUCGUUACCGAUAGGUGUGAGGGCAUUGAUGGCAAGUGGGAAGAUGCGCUGGACAAGUGGCGGGAAGGGAAUCAAUAA